UAAAGUUUCAAGCUUUUGGAUUCUUGAAAAAGCUCAUCGGCCACAACAACCCUCUGAUCAAGAUUCUGAUCCGCCAUUGUCGUCUUCUUCCUCAAGAAGAUGCCUAAACCAUUCAACAUCUUCUCACGCAAGAAACCCACUCGCCGAUUCAAUGAUUACUACACCGAUUGGACCAAAACCCUAACAGAUCACCUCCUUCCUCUGCUCCGCCAAUCUCUCUCCUCCGCCUCCUCCGCCGCCGUGCUCUCCUCCAACGUCGAUCGCGUCCUCCGUCACCUCGUCUCCUACUACGAAACCCUAGAUCUCGCCGCCGAUUCCGACACUAUCCCUUACCUCCUGUUCCCAUCAUGGAGGAACUCUCUCGAGACGCCAUUCCUCUUCCUCGGCGAUCUUCACCCUUACCUCUUCACCAAUCUCCUCCGAUCCUUCAUCGAUCGGGAGAACAACGACUCGGGCGAAGAAAUCGAGCCUGAUUUCCAUCUGGGUCUGGAUCGAAUCGAGGAGAAGCCGUGGAAAAUCGAGAUGGCGUGGAAAGAUCCGUCGGAUGAGCUGGUGACGAGAAUCGAUCAGAUCGAGUGCGCGAUGAGGCUGAUGGUACCUGUUCUUGUGGAUCGGAUGAGAAAGGCGCAGGGGAGAUUCAUGGGGAGAGUUGCAGAGAACUGGGUGUCGUCAUCAAUGUCGUCGUCAUCAUCGCAGGAAGCGGGCAAGAAGAAGAAGACGGGAGUGGCGGUGGUGGAGGAAGCAGCGAAGGAGGAGAUGGAGGAGAUGGCGAGCAUCUUCGUGGACGCGAACCGGCUGAGAAAGAGUAUAAUUAUGGACAUUGUUGGAGCUUCGAGCGAUCAUCAAGCUGCUCUCUAUCUCGAGGGUUUGUCCCAGUUUCUCGUUGGGUUUAAGGAUCAGUCUCUGCUCCAUGAAUUCGAGCUCUGCCCACUACUGAUCAGCAACAAGGUGGGAGCUUUAGUGAGUGGCGAUGGGUUGAAAUGA